AUCAUCAGUAGGUUUUUGUUCAUGGAGUAAACAACUGAAGCCAAUUAAAAAUAUACCAAAAAGAAGUUUCAAGUUAAAGAUAGAAUAUGUUUCCAAAUCGGCCACCAGGCCCUGGCUCUGCUCAGCCAUUUAAGACGAGCAUAUCAGAGUUUUGUGAUCGGAUUAAAGAAGAUUUUAGUUAUCUUCAAGCACACAACCAUAGUUUAAAGAUGGAGUGUGAAAAACUUGCCACAGAGAAGACAGAAACACAGCGUCAAUAUGUAAUGUACUACGAGAUGUCGUACGGUUUGAACGUCGAAAUGCAUAAGCAGUCGGAGAUAGCAAAACGACUUGGUAUUAUAUGUGCCCAGAUCAUUCCGCUUCUGUCCCAGGAGCACCAGCAACAAGUUGCUUCUGCCGUCGAACGCGCCAAGCAAGUCACAAUGCCCGAGCUUAAUCAAAUUAUCGGGCAACAACUCCAAGUCCAGAGCCUAAUGGCGCACUCUGGUGGCGCUGGUCACGGUUCAUCUCACCCAACGUCAAUGUCCGCCCACGCAGCGAUGGCCGCCGCAUUCGCAGCUAAUGGAAUGCCACCGUCCGGUCUACCGCCACACUCAGCGUCGGGAUUCGUACCCGGGGUCCUCCCAGUAACGUCAGUGGCAAACGCCAACCUUCUAGCACUUCACCCAAUGCUCCUUAACCACCAUUCUGUACAUGUUGGUAUGAGAGGAAGCAGUGGGCACAGCGGGCCCGGUGGUGUCCUAAUGGGCUCAUUAGGCAACAAAGACGAAACUAGACGACCAGGAGAACAAGAAAGGGAACGUGAAAGAGCUACCAGCCGUCAGAAUUCUUCAUCAUCACCAGCAAUAACUUCAACAGAGAAACAUCGUUUAUCUGACCAAGGGAGUCAUACCCCGAAUAAUAAACGACACAAACCAGACCAAGAGAAACAAACUAAACUUGAGAACAGUGACCAGAGCGACACAAACGUAGUAGUUGAUGAUGACAUUUCACCCGAUGAAUCGAGCAACAACGCUCGUGCUAAAUCACCCACACCUAGGUCACGCGACACAGCAACAACUGAGGACAGAAGAUCGCCACGAGAGAAUGUUGUAUCUUCCAGCACACAACUUGCAAGUAGAAGUGGAACAACAAGCCCUUCAACCAACACACCAUCAACCAAUGGUUCAGUGAAUAGUAAUUACAACUCAGUGAAGAAAGAAGCUUCUUCCACCACUACUUCUCGUAGCAAGGAUAAUGCUCUUAGUGAUAAAUCCAACAGUCCAAAGUCAAAGACAUCAGGAAGUCCCACCCCAUCAUCUCUGGUGGGCCAUGUAAGAAGACGAUCCUUGAGUCCGAGAUCACAGCCAUGUCCUCCUUUACUUCCAGCAAGAAGUGAUGAUCUUGUUCAUCCAAGACCUCCUGGAUCAUUUGGUCUUCCCUUCCCUCCUUUCGGUCCUUCCCACAUGCCAAUCCCUGGCUCCCAUCCUCCAGUUGAUCCAGCUGCUCUUAACAUCCAUGCCAACCCACAAGCUGCCUUUCAAGCAGCGAGAAGUCACCCACCAGGUUCAGUUUACGACAUCCACAACCAAAUGAUGAGAAACUCAACAGGGGUGCUUCCACCUGCGGUGCCCGGCCACACAAAAGAUAGCCACUCAUUCCAUGUCAGUGGAGAAGGUCAACCUCCGCAGCCAGUCCAGUUCCCAGCUGAUGCUCUGAUUGGACCGGGUAUUCCUCGUGGAGCAAGACCCCUCCUAAGUUUGUUGCACGGCGAAGUUGUUUGUGCUGUGACAGUGAGCAACCCGACACGACACGUCUACACUGGUGGCAAAGGAUGCGUCAAGAUUUGGGAUAUGAACACAUCUAAUGGUGUUACGGGUGGUCCAGUCAUCAAACAGACACCAGUGUCGCAACUAGACUGUCUUCAACGUGACAGUUACAUAAGAUCUUGUAAACUAUUACCAGACAGAAGAACGCUGUUGGUUGGUGGAGAAGCAAGCACGUUAUCAAUAUGGGAUCUUACUGGUUCACCUCGAAUUAAGGCAGAGUUGCCAUGCCAAGCACCUGCAUGUUAUGCUCUCGCUAUCAGUCCAGAUUCGAAAUUAUGCUUCAGUUGUUGCAGUGAUGGUAACAUUGCUGUAUGGGAUCUUCACAAUCAUACGAUAGUGAGGCAAUUCCAAGGUCACACGGACGGUGCAAGUUGCAUUGAUAUUUCUCCUGAUGGUACAAAGUUAUGGACCGGUGGUUUGGACAAUACAGUUCGAUCAUGGAACCUAACUGCCGGGAAACAACUUGAUCAAUACGAUUUUACUUCACAAAUAUUUUCCCUUGGAUAUUGUCCCACAGAAGACUGGCUUGCAGUUGGAAUGGAGAACAGCACAGUUGAAGUGUUGCACGACACUAAACCAGAGAAAUAUCAGCUCCAUCUCCACGAAAGCUGCGUUCUUUCCCUCAAGUUCGCUCACUCAGGCAAAUGGUUUAUCAGCACAGGAAAGGACAAUAUGCUCAACUCAUGGCGCACACCAUACGGUGCUAGUGUUUUCCAGACCAAGGAAUCUUCAUCAGUUUUAAGUUGUGAUAUCUCCUCUGAUGAUAAAUACAUCGUAACAGGAUCAGGAGAUAAGAAAGCCACGUUAUACGAAGUUUUUUGAUGACUUAACUAUUGCUCAUAACUAAAAAGUUGUAAGAGCAAACCAAAUACCAUAAAGUUUCAUGCCAAUGUUGAUUUAAUUGUUCUCGCUCAAUGCGCAAUAAUCUGUACAUAGCACACUUGAUUUAUAUUUUAUCCUUUGCCCGUUUUAAUUUGCUACCAGACGCGUUUUUAAUUUUUACUCUUCACAUAAUUUUGUUGAACAGCAGCUUUUACUUGUUGUUUCCACUGAGAGCUGUUUACUCUGUGCUACUCCAAUUAUAUUUGCACUCCCAAACCACCAAUUCCUGCUUGAAACUUGCAUUUGUACUAAACAUAGGUACAUGAAUUUUCACAUAGUGUUCUGGUCAAUAACCAGGUUAACUUGGUACUCAAACUUAUGAAGAUAAAACAUGGCAGCAGCUCCUUCAGUAUCAUAUACUAAAAUACGAAUCUGUUGUUACCGUAGUUGUAUGUCUGGGUACUGUUAUGUAGUCUAGCUGUUGUUCCUUGUCGCUCAUACGCAAUAUUAAAUAUCAUUAAAAACAACAACAAAGCA